AUGGCAGAGAUUUCGUCCCUUUCGUCGCUCCUCAAGCGACUCGAAGCUGCCACCACAAAGCUCGAGGACCUGGCCAUGGCCGGCGCAUCCUCUUCCAACGUGUCGUCCUCAUUGACCGGCAGCAGCGGCGCACACGCUCCUCAGGGCCAGCUCUCCCAGCUCGCCGAAUCUGCACCUGCUUCCUCCCAGCAGGAUGCCACCCACCCCCAUGUCGAGGGCUUUGAUGAGCUCUUGAACGGACCCGCCAAGGGCUAUUACGACCUCAGUAAGGCUGUCGGUGGCCUUGUUGAAGAGCAGGCCAAUUAUGUUCGCGACUUGUUUGCUGCCCAGCGGGAGAUGAUCUUAGUUGCGACCUUGAGCCAAAAGCCUCCUCUGACCUCAGAUGUCUUCCGCCAGUUGCUGGAACCCACACAGAAGGAGCUAAUGAAGGUGAUUGAGGUUCGAGACAAGAACCGCGCCAGCCCUUUCGCCAACCACUUGACCGCCGUUGCGGACGGUAUCCCUGCUCUCGGAUGGGUCGCCAUCGAGCCCAAGCCCGCACCUUAUGUAGCUGAGAUGAAGGAUAGUGCUCAGUUCUAUGCCAACCGCGUCGUCAAGGACUGGAAGGAAAAGGAUCAGAACCACGUUCUUUGGGUCCGCGCAUACAUGAACUUGUUGACCGAGUUGCAGAACUAUGUUCGCAAGUUUCACACCACUGGAUUGGUCUGGAAUCCCAAGGGAACACCUCUUGAUGGCAACAGUCUGAAGCGCGCUUCAGCCACGCCUGCUGCCGCCCCAGCAGCUGCAGCUGUUCCCGCACCUCCUGCUCCCUCUGCAGGCGGCCCCCCUCCUCCCCCUCCCCCACCACCACCAAUGAUGCUGGAUACACCUGCUCCUGUCAAGCAGGCCACCGAUAAUGACAUGACUGCUGUCUUUGCUCAAUUGAACCAAGGAGAGGGUAUCACAUCAGGAUUGCGCAAGGUCGAUAAGAGCAAGAUGACCCACAAGAACCCUGAGCUUCGUGCCUCCGGCAUGGUCACAUCUAGCCCUGGCAAGCCUGGUUCUCCUAAGCGGGCUGGUCCCGGUGCUCCUCCCAAGCCUGCCUCAUUGACACUCAAGAAGCCACCAAAGCUGGCCUUGGAGGGCAACAAGUGGGUCGUCGAAAACUUUGAGAACAACAACGAGGUGAUCCUAGAUCAGGUUGAGCUCAACCAGUCGGUGUACAUUUACGGAUGCAAAAACUCGACGAUUCAGGUCAAGAGCAAGGUCACCACGAUUGCAAUGGACUCUUGCACAAAGACGGGGCUCUGCGUGGAUUCUUUGAUUUCGUCGCUGGAUCUUGUCAACUCCAAGUCGGUCCAGGUUCAGAUCUUGGGUCGUGCUCCUACCCUCAGUCUGGACAAGGUCGACUCGUGCAUGGUCUACUUGUCGAAGGAGUGCCUGGAUGUUGAGAUCUUGACGUCCAAGUGUUCGGCGAUCAACAUCUUGACACCCGAGACAACAGAGGAUGGCAACGACGACUUUAUUGAGCGUCCUGUUCCUGAGCAGUUCUUGACUAAGAUUGUUGACGGCAAGGUCAUCACCACUGCUGUCGAGCACAGUGGAUAG